UUACCCACGAUUCCCUUGAAAGAUGGCUGAUGUUGCCAAAACAAACUUUCGGUCAGCUUGAACUUACAUUGAAAUGUUGUAAAUUAUGGCAUCUAUGUCCACCGUUCCUGCGUUUGAUGCAUUUCAAGACCAGCUGAGGACAUUGUGCUUAAAGGAGUUUCCCUGUGGUAUUGGAACAUGGAGGGAAGUUAAACCACUGAAGACAGUAGGGAGUUUGGCAAAGCCAAAAACCUCAAAAAAAGAAAUUCAAAAACCAAAGCAGUUGCCAGAAAUCGACAAAGUAAACAGCAGAUUUUCAAUAACACUUAAAGAUUAUGGUGCUCAAAAUGAAAAGACAGAAACAUUGGAGGAGUAUGUGAUAACCAAGCACUCUCCAUGGAACCUUGAUUACAGUUGGAGUGAUGAAGCAAAAGAUCUCAGAGAAUUAGCUGUUAGAUCCCCAUGGCUUAUUGAUAACAAGUUUAUCUACAAUUAUUUCAAUACAUUAAGGAUCAUUGAUAAAGGGGUGACUGAAAUUGAUGAAAACCUACUCAAUUUUACAAAUUUAGAAGAGCUGACUCUGACUGCAAACCUGUUGUGUCAAGUAAACUCCAAGAAUCUGCCACGUUCAUUAAAAGUUUUAGAACUCUGUGCCAACCAGAUCUGUGAUUUGUUUUCUCUGUGUGUGGAUCCUCCUCCACUACAUCACCUUGGCCUGGGUUAUAAUCAGCUUACCUAUCUAGAUGAAUACAUGACUGGAGAUUACUGGCCACAGUUAUUAUCCUUGGAUCUCAGUCAUAACACUUUAAGUGACUUGGUGGAAGUUGUCCGGAAGUUAUCUACCCUACCAAAACUCAGGAAUCUGGUUCUUCAUGGAAAUCCACUUUGUGUGAUCCCAGGUUACAGAGGUUAUGUGAUUGACAGUUUGAAGAAAUUGUUCCUCCUAGAUGAUAUAAGAAUCUCAGCAGAUGAAAGGCACCACUUUAAGGGUUUGGCAAAGAGAAAAGAAUUCAUCCUUGACGAAGCCAAGUUUACCUUUGAGGUUAAAUAUAUCAAAGGAGUACCAAUGCCAGAGGAAAUGAAGAACCCAGAGGAACAGCCUGAAUUUCCAAUCAUUGAAAGGAAAUACUAUGUUCAGUUCAUGUUUUUGGAGGAUAAAGCAAGUAAAGCUGAAAUCUUCCAAAUUGCUCAUGAAGACUAUGACCAGACAUCUUCUAUGCAGGGCACUGAUAGGGAGGGGUCAGUGUCAGGUGGUUCCAUUUUACCUGCUGACACAGGCAGUAAAGUGGAGGGAGUGAAAAAUACUGAGCAGGAGGAGAAAAAUGUGAACUUUGCAUCCACAGAAAACCAGGAGAAUUCAGGCACACCAGCUGAAAAUGUCAUUCCUGCACUGAAAGUAACCAGCCCAUUGCCAGAUGACAACCAGUCCCUAAAAUCAGGCCCAGGAUCCAUGAAAUCCCAUCAUUCUAGUCAGGCAGCAAUCAACCAGCCUAAGAUUCCAGUAGCACCCAUUAUGUCUGAGAGUGGGAACUGGGCAGAGGAAAUUUCCCUUAAUUGGUCACAGAUGGUGACACGGGAUGACCUGGUGACAUUGAGAGACUUCUUGAAGGAAGGCAUGGAGAUUUUUGUCAUGGAGGAAAAGAUUCUGUCUUACCCUGUAGAGGAAGAAGAAGGGAGCAGGGCAGGCUCUGCUAAAGGAGGGAAAGGAGAGAAAAAGGACAAAAAGAAAGAAGAGAAGAAGGAUGAAAAGGGAAAAGAUAAAAACAAAAAACAAGCUAAUUCUUUGAAGGGUGCUGCUGGGAAAGGUGACCCAAAGAAAGGGAAAAAGAAAGGUGAGCCAGAGCAAGAAUUGCGCCACUUACCACCAGAAUACACCACACUGGCACGCUUCAUAGUACCAUUGGAAGAUUUCCUAGAGGGAGAGUUUGUGUUUGAGAAUGUCUACAUGAAAGAGAGCUCAGAUGCAGGGUCAAAGAGCCCAUCUAAUGCCUCAGAAACAAAGAAGGAUGGGAAAAAAGAUGGAAAAGGCAGAAAAGAUUCUGCCAAGAAGAAGGACAAGGAUGCUGGAAAAGCUACUAACAAGACAAAGAAGAGUCCCAGAGAUGGUGGCAAAAGCCCCAAAGGAAGAGACAAAGAAAAAGAUGGAGACAAAAAAGAUGCUAAAGGAAAGGCAAAGGGGGACAAAGCAGAGAAAGGAAUAGGAGAUGAUGAGGAGGAAGUUCUUCCACCCCCUCCUUUGGAAGUUCAUGUAGCAGUGUGGAUGCACCACUGGAAAACAGCCAUGGACUCAAUAAGAGAAGAGGAAGAACGGAACAAGCGUUUAGAGGAAGAAAAGGCAGCAGCUGCUGCGGCUGCAGCAGCCGCAGAAGAAGCAGAAUAAAAUGUGGCAAAUAUGACAUAGCUUAUCCUGUACAUUUUUUCACUACAAACUUGUGCACUUGAAAAUAGCUAACACUUCUGUGCUGUAACAUAAAAUGUAAUUCUUGCUGUUAAUAUUUAAAUGGUAUGUUAAAUUGUUCAUAACUCUUGUAUAUACAUUCAGGAUAGCAAUGGAUUCAACUUAUAUAUAAACUGAACUGUAGAUGCCUUAACAUCUGUACCAUGUUAAAAUUGGCUCAUGUACAAGUAUUUGCAGAACAUGGACUUUUUGAAUAAUUAAAACUGUUGCUGAAAGUUGUUUACAGCUAAAAUUGUUUACAGAUCUUUCGAAACAUCAUAUCAAAUUGCCACAGUUCUGCAGACAAAAAAUAAAUAAAUAAAUGAAAAGUAAGAAAAAAUACAUUGUUUGUAUGCAAAAAUGCUGAUAAUCCAAUAUGCCUGACUGUGAUAGAUACAAAAGUUCUUUAUUCUUUAAACAAAGAUGAUAUUGAAUUUUUAUUAGUACUUGGAUGGCUGCUAUAUUCUACAAGCAGUGUAUGUAAUAUGUUCAUGAUACAGUGAAAUUAUGGAAAUAUCAGGAACAAAAUAGACAUACAUUGUACAUACAGAUAUACUAGUAAAUGAAAAUACUCCCCACAUUAAUCAUUAGUUUUAUUCAUUCAUAUGCAUGCCAGUUCAUUUACUUAUUGACCAUUCAUUAUUUUUAGAAGUACAUUUGUUUGAAUUGGACACAUCAAUAUCACUCUGACUUGAUGGUCUAGUGGACAGAGGACUCAUUGAAUUAAUGUUGAAAAGCAGAUGAAUAGAAUAUUUCUGUUAAACAUAACAUGUAUGGGAUUUUCCUGCUCUAUAAAAUUUUUCUCCGAUAAAAAAGAAAUUU